AUGGAGAACAGCGCAUUAGACGACAAGAGCGUCCACAUUCACCGCGAGGAUGCUGUCACCACAGCUGGCGGCGUCAAGGUUAUUCCGAGCGAUCAGAGGGAAGAGUCCCAGAUGCAGAUCACCUUCAACCUAUGGAGCACACUUGGGCUCGUAUACAGCGUUACUGCCACACCCAUCGCUAUUGGAAGCUACCUGACCUUCAGUCUCGUCCUCGGCGGAAGUCCUUUCUUCAUCUAUGGCUAUAUUCUCGCCGUGAGCUUAAACAUCAUCCUGUGUACAGCCCUCGCCGAGGUUUCUGCUAUCUAUCCCCAUCCAAGUGGCCAUGUCUACUGGGUUGGGCAAAUGGCGCCUAAGAAAUGGUCAGACUUUCUUAGCUAUUGGACCGGAGUGCUCACAAUGGCUGCAUGGUUUUUCUGGACGGCAGGCACUGAUCUGCUAACCGCCCAGAUUCUUCUCGCUGCCGUUGAGGUGCUCUAUCCUGGCUACAGCAGCACCGCAUGGCAAGUCGUGCUUGUGGCUUGGGCGCAGGUACUAGUGACAUUCCUCUGGAAUGUACCUUUCUUCAAGACCUGGCCAUAUGCACUUAAAGCAAUGAUCUUGUUCACCAACGCAGGGGUCAUCUUUGUUGCAGUCAGCCUUCUCGUACGAACACAUCCGAAACAGUCCGCACAGACUGUAUUUGUUGAUAUCAUCAACGAAUCUGGUUGGGCCUCUACUGGAGUGGUCUUCUUCUUGGGUUUACUGCCUGGGACGACAGCUAUUAAUGGCUUCGAUUCUGCGGCUCACAUGGUCGAGGAGAUGCCUGACCCUGCCCGUCAGGUGCCUCAGGUUAUGGUCGGAAAUGCUUUGCUAAGCGGAAUAAGUGGCCUACCGAUGGUCAUUAUUUUUUGUUUCUGCGCCACAAACGUUCAGAACCUCAUCGAUCCGGUCGGAGGUGUCACUAUCAUCCAGAUAUUCACGGACUCGCUUCAAAAUGAGGCGUUAUUCACCAUCGCCACCUUCGUCUACAUUCUUUCGACUCUUGUCGCCGCUACAGCUUGUACGACCACUGCGAGUCGUGUUAUAUGGUCAUUCUCUGAGCACAACGGCAUUCCCUUCAGCGCCUGGUUCUCACACAUCCAUAAGACCAGAUUCUGGGCCGUGCCGGUCAACGCGAUCAUCACUGUGGUUGUACUCUCAAGUGCGGUCAUUUUGCUCAACUUAGGCCCUAGCUUUGUCCUUGGGGCAUUCUUCAGCGCCGCAAAUGUGUGCUUCUAUAUCAGUUAUGCUAUCACACUAUCGUGUUUUGUUUACAAGAAGCGAAAAUACGGCCUUCCAUCGCACUAUCUGGAUCUUGGUGGUUUUGUUGGCACAAUAUUGGAUGCGAUCAGUAUUGUCUGGGCAUUAUUUGCCAGCGUCUGGCUGCUGUUCCCUUACUAUCUGCCUGUCACGUCGGAGAACAUGAAUUACUCAGUCGCUAUCAUCGCGCUGGUUGUGGUAAUUUUCAUAUUCGAUUGGCAAUUUCGGGCGAAACGACAGUACACCAUGCCCCCUCCACUGCGAACUCAUACAACAUCCUCCAGCUACGCGACACAGGCAGUUCCAGACCGCUAUCUCUAG